UAGUCAUUCGAUGACUGGGAAAGCUUAGAACUUGUCACGGAGGUGGAAGUCUCACCUGCUCCCGAGGCAGAGCCUUGGAGGAAAGAUCAUGAGCUCAGAUGUUCUGGAGAAAGCAACCUGGAUCACAUAGCGAGACACCUCUCACCAACACACCCCGCCUGCAAAAAAAAAAAAAAAGGAUACGAUCCGAGACACUUGAGUCCAGUUGCUGGCUUGCUAACACUGCCCAAUUGGCCUUGCCAUGGAAAAGAAUGAUGCAAUCAACUUCAAGGCUUUGGAGAAAGAGCUGCAGGCUGCACUUGCUGCUGAUGAGAAGUACAAAAGGGAGAAUGCUGCCAAGCUACGGGCAGUUGAACAAAGAGUGCCUUCCUAUGAGGAGUUCAGAGGUAUUGUCCUGGCAUCACACCUGAAACCUCUGGAACGGAAGGACAAGAUGGGAGGAAAAAGAAUUGUGCCCUGGAACAGUCACACUACUAGGGAAAGGACUUUUGAGGAUGUGGCCACGGAAAUACCCCAGGAGAAAUCACCCUUCCAGCCUGCGACCUCUGCAGAGUUUUACCGUGAUUGGCGGAGACACUUAAGAAGUGGGUCAGAGCGCUACCAAGCCCUGCUUCAACUUGGGGGUCCUAAGCUGGGCCACCUCUUCCAGAUGGAUGUGGGCUUUGGACUUCUUGGGGAGCUGCUGGUGGCACUAGCUGAGCAUGUGAGGCUAAGUGACCGGGAGGCAGUGCUAGAGAUUCUGCACAGCUUGGCUAACACUGGGCGAUUCCCCUUGAACCUGAGCCUGCUGAGCCAUGCGGAGAGAGAGAGCUGCCGGCUCUUGUUUCAGAAGUUGCAGGCCAUGGACACCACCAGACCCAUGCAGGAGGAGCCAUUUUCUGGGCUACAGGGAGAGGAGGGGCUCCUACAAGUGCUGCUAGGUCUGUAUGGGAUCCACUGUUAGGAUUGGCUGCCCUCAGCAUUCCCAAGCGGUCUCAGAAAACAUUUUUUUUUAAAAGA